UCCACUUACACCAAUCAGCGAAAGCGGCAUUAUCUCCUCUUCUUUAACUAUCACUGCCUUUUCGUCAACCCAGGGAAAGUGAUGGCCAGAAACAAAAAUAUACCGCAGGUCACGCGACAGCAAUGGACUGCUCAGAUGUAUCUAGACCAUGCAUACCAGCCUGCAGCUCUGCUAGUCUACAAAGAAACCCCACCGGAACCUGAGGCGAUACAACCAGCCUUCGCAAUUCAGGUCUAUACGACUGUUGCCCUCAAUCAAGAUAAUGUCCUCAUCGCCAUAUGCCAAUACUUGUCCCGUGAAGUCUUCACCUCACCCUGGCCGUCGUUCGAAAUCUAUUGCACCCCACGAACUGACGUAUUCGCCUGCGUGGAGCAUCAGCGGCGUGAGAUAUUCCAUCGCAAGGGCAUCUCACCAUCUCGAGAUGAUGGUCUCCUCCCCGGAAUUGCCAAAGUCGUCCUCAGCAGAGAAGAUCAGCAGUUCCAGGGAGUCAUAUUAGUCAUUACCUCCUACAGCUUCCGCGACUACCCGCAUUACCCCGACCAUGAAGCCGAAACUGGACCUUUGUACGUCAACUUCGACCGCUGUUUCCCGUACCAGGCUCGCGUCGACCUGCCUUCUCCGAAGCAUGACGACGAAGACGAGGGAUGGGAGGAGGAAAUCUGGCCGGAACGGGAGGAGCUUGUGGUCCGCAAGUGCCGGAACAUCUACCACGUCCGUCGAGAGUUGGCCUCCCUUCACUUCCGAAGUCAGCGUCAUGAUGUGUUUGAGGAUUACGUGUAUGAUUAUGGCCUGGAUGAGGAUGAGGGCGAUCCUAACAGGCUGGUUCAACCGCCUACGCCGGAGAUUGUAGAGGAGUGGCAGCGCAGAGCCGACUCACUGCCCGAGGAGAUUGCUGUUGUCCAGCCAUCUCCCGACAAUGGCGUUGUUGUCAUGACUUCGGGCGCUAUAACUACCUCGGAGCCAGAACUCAGAUAUAUCAUAUACGUGACCUUCGCUCACAGAAACGAAAAUCACCUGACAUUACAGACGAUCGGUCGCGCUUUUACUACCGCGAUCUUGGAAAAUGUCCCUGGACAGAAGACAGUACACUUUGAAUUUCAUUCGUCUCCAAAUCUGUCAUUGGGCGCGGCUCUAUCGUCUCAUCGAGAGUUGAUGAAAUCGCGACCAGAUGUGGGAGUGGCCGUGGCCCAGCCAACUUCAGGGCAAAGGGCCCGCAAGUUCCCACAAAAGGGGUACAAUCGCGGCCACCCAAGUGACAGGGAACCUUACCAAACUUUUUUUGUGAUCCUUGACCGCCCAGACUUCCUCACCGGGCCAGGGGUGUUGUUUUUCUUGACCGAUGGAGAUGAGAUUACCGAUGAGGCGAUGCAAAACGUCUACAACUUAUAUGGAGAACGUAACCAACCAAGAGAUUAUGCGAUGUUUCGGGUUUGGCGCAGUGUGGGAAUCCAAGAGGUGGCGCGGAGACUCGCAAUAGUCCAUUGAUAUUGGUGCGAUGAGCUGCCCUGUAGUCACAGUUCACCAUAUUUUGGUCCCCCUUGAUCCUGAAUUUUGAGCCGGGAUUUCCGAUUAGUUUCGCACUUGGUGCCACGUCUGACAGGAAAAACAAGUAAUAG